ACACGGAGUAUUUUCACUGACUGUUAUUUUAGACACUGCAACCAUUAAUAUUUUGUAGGACACUGGUUGGAUAUUAUUAACUAACUGAAAAACGUAAAAUUCGAUCUUGUGAAUUGAUGCUAACGAUCACAUUAGAAUUUUAAUAAUAAUAAUCUACGUUUUCAGCAUAAAAAUUCUGACACGUGACAUUAAAGAUAGUGCCUACAUAGUAAAACAAAAUCAUAAAAAGAUUGUCUUGCUUUAACGGUGCAUGAGACAGUCUGGUGACAAGUAGACGGUCAGACAGCGGACCCUCAUUCAAUGGGGUUCUAAUUUUUACCGUUUGGUUACGGAACCCUAAAAUUUGAAAAUCCGUAGCUUUGUGAUUAUUAUGUUCUACACGACUCAUAAAUCUUGUGUAACGAACCUACUUACAGUUGUGUUUAACCUGAAGCCUGAAAACGCCUAAUAAACAAUUAAAACUCAUUAGUUUUAUUACGUGAAGGGCAUAAAUAAGCAAAUUGUUUCGCUGUAAUGUAUGUAUAGAAAUCUUGGCUGCCGACAGCAAUGAUCGUUAAAUUCGGGCUUUAUCUUUUUCUUUUUCAAUUUGUGGUAUCCCAAGUGAUCUAUGAUGCUUAUUUUGGUAAACCAAUAAAAGAUGACAGGAAUAAACAACUGCAAUCGUUGAAUUUAACCGGCCCAUGCACAAUAAAAGUGGAACCAUGCCAGAAGGAAGAGGGGCGUCGUAUCGAUGGCACGUGCACCAACCCCAAGUACCCGUCCCGCGGAGGUUCGCCCACGCCGCUUCUGAGGAUGAGGCCUGCCAAGUUCGGCCUUGGUAACACUUUGCGACCAGCCAUGAACGGCUCGGAGCUGCCGUCGUCUCGCCUACUCCGCACCAAGAUCCUUAGUGACGGUUUUCCAGAAGACCACGAGUUUAACACCUUGGCCACUCACGUGUUCGUCUUUUCCACCGUCGACGUUGCAGAUUUGACAGUUUUGCUUCGUUACGCUGUGGUCAGUGACUGCUGCCUCGGCAACCGACCCAACCGAGUCAACCCCUUGUGCAUCCCUAUCCCCGUGACUCAAGACGACCCUUACCUUCGAAGAACUGGAAUAAGGUGUAUGAACCUCACGAGAUUCUCAACCUAUCAGGAAAUGGGCUGCAUUCCUAAUAGCCUUCCGGCUGAACGAUACAACCUCCCAACACCGGUACAAGACUUGUCAAUAGUGUACGGAUACUCGGAUCUUCGGGAGAGGCAGAUUAGGACAUACCAGGGAGGCCUGCUCAAGUCUGAGAUGAAAGAUGGCGUGGAACGUCCACCAGGGACCUCCGCCAUCUGCAUCAACAACAGGAGGCCGGUAGAGAAUGCGUGCUACGAGUUUGGUAAACAAUUAUUCUCAGUCACCAUAAAAUGCAAUAUAUGUAUUUAUACAUGUCUAGGUGACUUCUACGAUGGGAAUGUACUAUCUGGAAUAUAUUUGACGGCGAUGUGGUUCUAUCGAGAACAUAAUCGACUGGCUCGCAAGUUGGCAAUGAUCAACCCUUGCUGGGAUGACCAAGAACUGUUUGAAACUGCACGAAAAAUCAAUAUUGCUCAGUGGCAGUAUAUACUUUACUACGAGUUAAUGUCGGACAUUUUAGGUCGUAAGAAUGCAAUAGAAACAGGCGUAUUAUACGAAACAAAUGGAUAUGUUAACGAUUUCGAUGAGCGGCACAAACCAGGCGUGUACCACGAGUACCUGAUCGGCACGCGGUGGUUCCACACCUUCCAAGAUGGACGGACUGACCUAUACAGCCGAAAGGGUAAAUACCUUGGAACCCGAACCACAGUGGACGAUGAGUUUAGAAGCGGGAUCCUCGAGGUGAACAACACGGAGGCAGAUCUUACACAGGGCGCCUUCAGGCAAAGAGCCGCUAAGUUUGACUACACGAUUGAGCCUGAUCUUGCAGAACGUGUCCUUGGAGAGCUCCAGUCAGCCUCAGACCUCAGUGCUAUCGACAUCAUGAGAGGCCGUGACCAAGGACUACCUCCUUAUAACGAGUACAGGAAGAUUUGCGGGAUGCCCGUCGCUCACAAGUUUAAAGAUUUCGAAGACGCCAUAUAUGCUGAUGUAUGUUUCAGAUCAUUUUUAUCCCUACUACCAGGCCGUCAAAUUUCCAAAAAAAAUAAUGAUGACAAAACUAAUGAAGCAUACCUUGAAAAUAAUGAGGCAGGCACUUAUUUAUAUCCAAGUGACGUAUUUGUGUUACAGAAAGUGGAACAACUCCGUCGUAUAUAUGACGACGAGGUGGAUGACAUGGAGCUGAUGGUGGCAAUCUACAGCGAGCGGCUGCUGCACGGGGCCUGGGUGGGACCUACGCUCUUCUGUAUCAUGGUGGAAAACCUUGUCAAUUGGAGAAAGUCCGAUCGAUUCUUUUUCGAACACGGAGACACGCAUGCGGCGUUGACAUUACCUCAAUUAAACGAAGUGAGGCAGGCAAGCAUGGCCCGAAUACUGUGCGACAACGGUGAUGGAGUCGAAAAAAUACAGCCUAAAGCAAUGCUUAACGUUAGUAAAAAGAAUAAAAUAACGCCAUGCGAGCAUAUACCCAGUAUAGAUCUUCAGAAAUGGGUGGACCCCAAAUGUUACGAAGGAAAGAAAAACCCCUACCUGCCUGAAGACUAUUGGAGUACUGGAUACAAUGUACCCUGGAGUGGACAACUUUACGACUAUAAGAAGUAACAAAUAAUAUGAACGGAUUUCGAUUAUUGUAUGCACGCAACGGCACUACAAUUGUUGGAUUUUAAAUUGUUUUGUUUUUGUUUAACUAUAUAUUGUUAAAAUAGCUCUGUGAAUAAACGAAAAAACUCAGCUAAUAUUCCGCAUCAACUUAAUUAAAUUCUGUCUCUUUUUUAAUUCUCGGACAUGUGUAUACAGAGAUAUAAUAUAAUCAUACAUUGAAAAGAUGUUGAAUAUGAAAAUUUAUUAUGUUAACUGGAUCAGAAUUGUAAUAAUGUGCUGACAGUCGAAACACCUCCUGGUAAAACUUUUGCUGAAGUCACGUCCCUUCAAAUGCAAAUAGGAAUAAUAAGUUGAGGAUUAUGGGCUCCGCCACUUCUACUAAGGUUACGUUCAAUCGAGUUGGUGUCGAAAAGCACUCGAUUUGAUUUAUUAUAAUUAUUACAUAAUUAAUGCUAUGCCCGUCUUAUUAGUAUGUCUU